AUGAGCUACAUCACUCGCCGAGCUUUGUCUACCCUCAUCCCUCCCAAGGUUGCGUCGCCUAAUGCCAUUGGCGCUGCCCAGGAUGCUGCACGCAUGGAACGUGUAGUCAGCUUCUACGCUGGUCUGCCCCGUGGCGCCGCUCCUGCCACCAAACCAUCUGGACUGCUUGAGCGCUACCAGGCCCGCUAUUUCAACGGAAAGAACGCUUCUGGCAUGCCGCUUGUCCACGUUAUUGGAACCCUCUUGGUUGUCGGUUACAGCAUGGAGUACUACUUCCACUUGCCAUUGCAUAUUGGUAUGGCAGAGCAGACAAGUCACGAUGUGGUAAACCAAACCCGGUCGGGCGGCGAGCCCUCGUCAUCCGACGUUCCUGCGAGCAAAAUCGACAACUACUCUGCUGAAGGGGACGUGGGGAGGAUUACCAAAAACGAGCUCAACUCACAAGAAAAACCGUCUACUAUCGAACAAACUUUACGUGACACAAGAACCAUGGAUACAAACGAGCCUGAGAAAGCGUCUAGUGAAGGAAAUAAGGACCUUGGUAAACAGGGAUCGGCCGCAGUGGCGACGAGGGCACUGGAACUAAACGGCGUGGCAUCUCUGUCAGAUGGUGGUGAGGACGCUGGCUCGCUCGGUGGAUCGGAUACAGAUACCAGUCGUACGGAAGGCCGACAGCAUUUGCGAACUGGUUCGGUGAAGAAAACGACGGCUUUUAAACCAGUGUCUUUUGCGAAAUUUUCAGUGCCUAAAGCUCCAGGAUCGUCGACCACACCGAAACUUGGUGAGAAACCGACUUUGUCUGCGACUUCGUCGAGCGCUUCACCACAGCCAUCUACACGACCUCGUUUAGUUGCGAAGACAACUAGUGGUCUAGGAUCAUCCUCCAAGCCUGUCACAGCCGGGUUUAAGGGGCCUUCAAGUGGUCCGGAUGGUAGCCAGGUUUGGAAUAAGAAUCGGCCUGCCCAACCCCCACCCACAAAGCAUCUCACGGACGAAGAGUUGAAACAGCAGUAUGGUAUUCACAUGACAUCUCGAAUUCAAGAAGACGGGAAUGGAACGGAGGCAAAAUGGGCGGAUAUCGAUGACGACGAAGACGAUUGGGCCCCGGAAACUAUUGAAUGGAACGACGGGACAAAGAUCACACUUACGCAUACUGAAAAUGCCCAGCCUCCUAUCCAGGGCAUGACGGAUCGCGGUGAAGGGAAAGAGGGCGCGAUGCCAAAACAACCUCCAACCCGGGACAGCACAAGGACAUUUUUCACUAAGCCUUCUACUAAUGUUGGGCCGAAUGCCACUGUGCUUCGAUUAGGAGCGAAUGCAGAGAGACAACAACAACAAGCCAAGGCUGCCGCUAUUGCCUCCAGAUCUGGAACUGAUAAACCUACGUUGACCUCAAAAAGCCCGGCACCGGUCCCAAUGAAAUCGCCAUGGGCUGCUCUACCUCCCGUCGAUAAGGUUUCUCCGAUACAUCCACCAGUCCAAACUGGUCAACAUCAAAACGUCGCUCGUUUUCCACCUAGAGAUCAGAUGGUUCCUGACAAAGGCAUGAGCUCUGUUCCCACCCGUGAAAUAGCGGCCGAUGAUUUCAAUCGCUCUUGGAGAGAGGGUCAAUCUAAUGUACCUCGAGAACUAUUCAACUCUCAGUCCGGCAGGUACGAGCCAGUGCCAGACACUCGAAAAGGUCCCAUUCGCAGCGAUGCUCACAUGCGCCCCGCAACUGUCUUACAACGGCCCGGUAAUAAUGACAUUGGGGGACCUGCAGAGCCUUCUGCUGCAUUCCAGACACACAGGUCUAGUCAUCCUGAAAGCGGUCACUGGGGUCGUCGACGAGCUUCGUCUAAUGUCAGUGGUGGUAGUGGGAGCUUUGGCCGCCGAAUGUCCAUUGGGCGACCGGACGGUCACCAAAAACCGUAUGAAGGUAGGGUUUCUCAAGUCAAUGGUGUGUUCGAUCACUCGACCUCGCCAAGCGAAACAUCCUACUCGAAAGACCCGAUGCAACCGGAGCAAUCCCCGAAGCAACCACCUGUUAUUCCUUUGCAAUCUCGAACAGUUAAUAACAUGUCCUAUGCUCCUCCAAAUGCUCAGGCGGGAGCCCCUCAAUUAUCCCAGGAAGAGCCCGCUACGGAAACUGGAGCUGCUUCUUCUGAAGAUGUUAUUUCCAUGCAACAACGCAUUAUGAAGGAGAAGCGCCUAGAAGCUCGUCAGCGAAGACUAGAGCAAGAACAAAAGGAGGAGGCAGCACGACGAGAACGAAUUCGCCUAAAACUAGCAGCUAUGGGACCUCCUCCGGACAAAGAAAAGGAGAAAACCAAAACGGAGGAUCAGCCAACAGCAGCAGGAGCAACCACAAGUUCGCUCAAAGAUCCGACAUCAGCGACCAGCGCACACCACACAAUACAAUCUCCACCAAAACCUCCUGUGCCUGAGCCUAGCGGAGAGCCGAAGCAAUAUGGAAUGAUGAGGGUCCAUCAUCCCGAAUCCGUGAAGAAGUUGGUUGCCGCCAAUGAACGAGUCGUUGAGAAGCCACCAACCGUACCAAUCGCCAGUCGGCGUAGCAUGUCUCCAAGUCGCGAUGUGAAAUCCGAUGUGAAGCCUGCACCCGCCAAAUCCAACGGAGUUCUACAGGAGGAAGCUUUAUUACCAAAAGACCAAAAGGUUGAAACUUCCGCGUUGGAGGACAAAGAUCAACGAUGGAAAAGUAAUCAAAAUUCGUUAUAUUCUCCCUGGGCAACAGGGGCCAAACUUAGCACGAAUACUUCUCCAAGUUCUAAUAUGUGGAAACCUCUCAGCAGCGACAAAAUUCUCGGCAACGGCACUUUUGACCGUAACCUAACCGCCUUCUCACAUGAAUUGUCCCUCCGUGGACCUGUUGGUCUGGCUGAGCCGUCUCCUAUAGGCUCAAUGCCAACAAACAUUGAUAAGAACGGCAGCACGCAGUCAUUCGCUGGUACGAGGCUGGGAUCAGAUCAUAAGUCGCCGCUGGCUUCUCUUCCCUCGUCCGACACCACCCAUCCGCCAUACGAACCUUUCCAACCGAUUGCUAGGCCGCGACCCAUUGGUCCUCCAAACUCUCAACAUAGCCCCUGGCAAACCGAUUCUCGUCGUGCAGUACAGGCAGCGACCUCGGCUUGGAGUAAUUUUCAAGUUGUUGCAGCGAAGCAAGAAGCCGAAGCAAACAACAAAUUUCAACGAGAACUUGAUUCUAUGCGUGAUGAACCUCCGUCAUCUCUUAAUGUCAAUUUCGAUGAAACGUGGCGUCAGGUUCGAGUAGGAGAUCAAGCGGGUCAAAGAGAGGUCAUUGACGUUGUGAAAUCGAAUAAACCUCCUGGCCCUCUCCCAACACUUCACGGUUUUGAUGCACCUAUGGACAGUCUGCCAUUUCCGGAAUCUCACUCUCGACCGUUUGGCAAUGUAGCCAGCCGUGGGUCUCGCUUUUUCCCUACUAUCACUGAUACAUAUAGAGGGCCUGUGGUUGUAGAUGACGGACGACCUUGGAGUCCAUCACCACCUCCUCCUGAGACAUACUCUACUCACCCUGCAUAUAGUGGCGAUGCACAUCGUCCUUUGGUAAAUCUACCUAUUCCAAAACCGGUAGUGAGAUUACCCCCAAAGAUCAACAAGCAACCCCCCAAACCGCCGACGUUUGCAUCGAUGGCUGCGACACCUGUACGGCCAACGCAGCCUUCAAUGAGAACGACAUCUUGGCAAGAUCGCAUCAACGGUCUCUUUGGGAAGGUAACUCCAGAAAAGAAGCACAUUUUAGCGGUUGCUUCAGCAUCUAAAGAACCCCUGGAUGUCCAGUCUCAUAUUCACCCUGCAGCUGUUUCGCUUCCUCAGAUCAGAGAGGUUGAUGGAGUUGACGCUGGUUUGGUAACUUCCAAAGAAGUCGAAGAGGAAGAAGCGAUCUUUGAAGACAGAGAAGCGGGUUCUUUGCCUGUUGUUCGUGUACCUGUUAUGGCACCACCCAAUGCAUGGCAUGCAGCUCUUCCCCCGCCAGCACGCUUGCGACCUAAGAUUCUUAGGCCUAUGCAGGUUCAUAGCGUUGAACCGUACACUCCAGAACUACCAAAGAAAGAUGUGUCUGGUAAUUGGCAUAUCAUGGUCCAUAUUCCUGGAUCUGAUAACGUGACUUCGGUGGCUUUCUCGAAAAAGCUUCCUGUUUCUUCAUCACGACCGAAGGGAAACUCUAGUUUUCGCACUCGCAAGCACACAAAGCCCAGAGAACCAACAGCAAAAUACAAUAGCUCGCACAGUAAUAAGCGGCAGAAUACGUCUGCCCAGGCCGCAUAA